UCGCUGCUGCCUGCUGUCAGCGAAAGAAGAAGUGGCAGUUGGCUCUGACUCCAAAACAGCCUUUGAACUCCUCCGUCCUCAUAACAACAAACAUACACAGUCGCUCCGCGAGCAGCCAUCCCAUCAUUAUCCACUCACUACUACUUCCAUCGUUAGUUAUACCAUCCCAUCUAAUAUGGAUUCUCCAGACCAGUUCCAGCACGUACUGGAUGAGCAUGUCGGAUUCAACCAGCAUCGCACGUACAAUGCUAUCGUCGCCCACUCUACCAGUCUUGCCCAGAGCUAGGUGCUACAGAAUAGGCAGACGUUGCAGACCCUGCAGCCACCCAAGGAUGCACAGGGCCCUCAGAUAUGGUUGUCUCCAGUCGAGCCAGGACCUCACAUGGCGCCGCUCGUCCAGUUCACGCCAGCAGCUCCACCACCUCAACCCGAGGAAACACUCAAGAGCGUCAGCACAAGACAGAUGUACCGCGAGAGGCAAUGUCGUCUCCAAGCGCGGGAUGCCCACGUCAACAACACGCGAAUCCACCGUGACUACCUCCGCUUUCUCGCUGCCACGGCGUCUUCCAACUUCGUAAUGGAGAAGAACCUCAGAUAUGGCGACCUGAGAAGCCUCGCGAAUGUCCCAAUGACCCAAUCGCCCGCAUGGCUAGCUACCGCGUAUCACGAUUCUCCGCGUGCACUGUCAAUGGAUGCCACGGCGUGGACACAUGCUGAAGUAAAUCCCUGGACCACGUGGAAGGCCUCUUGGGCCGAUCGCACAACCCACCCUCCACCUCCUUCGAAGGAUCUCAACAAACGUCGCUGGAGGGAUCGCUUCCUCAGAAGGCACCAGCCAAAGCCGUCCAGCCAGGAAGCCAACAGCGCAAAAGCCCGCAUUCCUCCCUUUGUGAGCGCUUUCCGGAGUGCUCCGCCGGUGAAAAGGCCCACUAUUUCUCCCCCUGCGAGGAAGCCAACGGCACAGCAGGGCGGUUUCAUCGAGCACCUGGAUGAGAAUCCAAGAUACCAAGUUAUGCUGAAGAGCGACAAGGCACCACGCCAUGUCGAAGAACAACAAGCUAAGUUGAAGCUGAAACGCAUUUCGGCCUCGCAAGGACAUCAAAACCGUGCAGUGCUUACGAAGGGCGAAGAUGGUAAGAGGACGACGGAGGUAAACGUUGAUGAGAAGGAAAGUCCAGACGCCAGCAAGGACGACGGAGGUGAUGAAUCGGACAAGGAGCGGAGGAAGAGGGACAUUAUCAAGUGGGCGCUCUGUUUCGGGUCUUUGCCGCCGAAGAAGGUCAAGAAGUCGCGCCCAGGCAAGGCUGAGGCAGUGGAUGGCGGAUCAGAGACCGAGCUACCAGCAGGAGAGAGGGAGGCUUGAUCUCCAUUGCUGAGACUCG